GUCAAAAGUAAGCGACCACAACACAUUGGGCUUAGGGUCCAGAAUAGUCUUACUGCUGUACGAAACAUUUCACUGAGGGCCUAAACCUUUAUGAUGCCUUACCACUGUGUGGCCUAUGGAUGCGGCAAAACUGCAGAAGAUGAUGCGACGCUGUUUAAAUUCCCCAAGGACCACGAGGGGUUUUGCAAAUGGGAGAAGCAGGUCCAGCGCACCCGAAGCCACUGGGUCGCCACGCCCAACUCCCACCUGUGCAGCGAGCACUUUGGGAGGGAGUACUUUGAGCCCAAACUCCCCUCUGGAGCUCUGAAGCUGAAACCUGGAGCCGCUCCGACAAUAUUCAUCCGUCCAAAAUGUUCCUCCUGCAGCGGCGUGGGAUGCAUUCACUGCCUGCCUGCCAUCCAAUGCCGGAGCAUUACUGCAGAACCGAGAGAGCGCACAAGUGGAGAACAUAUUGAAAUUGCGCCCGUUCAGUCUGAUGAAAGCAUGGGAGAAAGUGACGAAGAACAGCCGACAAGAGGAGGGAUGAUGCCGGAAGAGAAAAGUGAAGAACAGACAGUGGUGUGUGAGAUGUGCGGCACCACCGGCGACUUAAACACCUUCUUCUCCAAGUCGAAGCGAUUCUGCAGUUUGUCUUGUUCACGUUCGUAUUCAUCAAACUCCAAGAAGACCUCCAUACUGGCUCGACUGCAGGGAAAGCCCCCCACAAAAAAAGCCACAGUGCUGAACAAAGUGAACAAAGCCCCAGCACAGGAGGCAUCCCCUGUUGGUUUUGAAUGGGGCGCCUACCUGGAGAAGGAGACGGCUCUCGCUGCUGCCGUUUCCUGCUUCAGACACGUUCCCCUGUGUGCUCAGUGGGACGACAUCUCUCUUGGGAUGAAGGUGGAGGUCCUGAACGCAAACGCUGUCCUGCCCAGUAAAGUCUACUGGAUCGCUUCUGUCAUCCAGAUCGCAGGAUAUAAAGCUCUGUUGCGGUACGAAGGCUUUGAGGAAGACAGCAGCCAUGAUUUUUGGUGCAGCCUGGUUUCUGCAGAGCUGAACCCGAUCGGAUGGUGCGCCAUGACGAGCAAACUGCUGGUGCCCCCACAAGACGUGAAGCAGCACAUCCCAGAUUGGAAAGAGUAUCUGAUGAAGACGCUGGUGGGGACCCACACUUUACCUGUGGACUUCUACCUGAAGUUGGGAGAGAGCAUGCGGACCUCCUUCAGAGUCGGGAUGCGGGUGGAGGUGGUCGACCCGAAGCAUGUGAGUCGGACUCGAUUGGCGGCGGUCCACUCGAUCAGAGGGGGCCGUCUGCGGCUGGUUUACGAGGACCAGAGCGAUGCGCCCGAAAACAUCGUUGACGACUUCUGGUGCCACCUGGCGAGUCCUCUGCUGCACCAGAUCGGCUGGUCCCAGCAGGUCGGACACAACAUCAAAGCACCAGUAACCACUACGGGACCUGCUUCCAAGACCUUCAGAGGGAACUAUGACAGUUCAUUCGUGCUCUUUAAAAAGCCGAGGUUUGUCUACAUGGAGGGAUGUUACUUUGAGGAGGGGAUGAAGCUGGAGGCCAUCGACCCGCUCAACCUGGGCAGCAUCUGUGUGGCCACCAUUCAGAAGGUGCUGUUAGACGGUUACCUGAUGGUCGGGAUCGAUGGCGUCUCGUCUAACGGCUACGACUGGUUCUGUUACCACGCCUCGUCUCACGCCAUCCUUCCUGUUAACUUCUGCAAGCAGAACAACAUCCCUCUCACGGUUCCUCCAGAUUAUGACUCUCAGAUCUUCACCUGGGAGGAAUACCUGACGGACACCAACGCUAAAUCUGUACCGCCACGACUGUUUAACGCCGACUUCCCGGGUCACGGCUUCUCCCCCGACAUGAAGCUGGAGGCGGUGGAUCUGAUGGAGCCGCGGCUGCUCUGCGUGGCGACGGUGAAGCGCUGCGUCGGCCGCCUGCUGCUCAUACACUUCGACGGCUGGGAGGACGAGUUCGACCAGUGGUUCGACCACCAGUCGCCCGACAUCUACCCUGUGGGCUGGUGUGACCUCAUGGACUAUCCUCUGCAGCCGCCCCCAGGACUCGUUCUAUUCGACCCUGCGGCACAGAACAAGAAACAAAAGGGGAAAAGAAGAAAGAGGAAUGGGAAGAAGAGGUUCUGUCGGGAAGCUGAAGAAGACGAUGUUCAGCAGCCGGACGACGUCUCCACCGACGCUCCUCCAGAGCCGGAAAACCUCCGUCUUCCUCCCAAAGUUCCUCUCGUCCUGCCCAAAACUGAGCCGGAGGAGCGGGACAUCUCUGCGGUGCAGGUGAAAGUGGAGGAGGUGGAGGUGGAGAUGGAGACUCCUAAAGCGGCUCUGGAUAGAAUCAAAAAGGAGGAGGGUGGAGAGAGAAAGUCGGGACAGCAACCGGAAACAGAGGAGAGCAGCAUGGAAGAAACUACAACGGGAAGAAGAAGUGAAGAGUUUGGAUCAUUUGGAGAGAGCUUCAGUGGGGAAAGCAACAUGGAGGAAGAGAGCAACACGGAGCAGGACACAACAGGAGAGGCUGCAGGGAUGGAGACAUGAGGUGGACGAGAGAAAAAGAUUGAGAAGGCUAUGUUAUGGAGUGAAAAAGACGAUUACGUUGAAGAAAAACUGGCAAAACGAGACAGAAAAAAGCUUUCUAGGAGAUUCAGAGCAAAUGUAAAACCAAUAGAGAAGAUGUUUCUGGGGUUAUAGGAUCUACUUAUCCAUGGUCGGUGUAUUACCAACAGUAGAUGGCAGUCUAAGUUUGGAGAAACCAACAGAAGGACCAGCAGGAAGAUAAGAGUCGUACUUAAGACCCCUAAAACAUCAUUAUCUGUUAAGGAUAAUGCUAUAUUUUGAGUAUUUUCACCACUUUUCCUUGCCGUCAAUAGUCCUUUUUUCCUACAGGGAAUUGAACCCGUUUAAUAUGCUCAGACUCCAUUAACAAAAACACCGGUUUACCUCUUGAAACACAGGAUUUGCUGCUUCGAUCUGUUUGCUUUUGUGUUAUUGUGUCGACUCUCUAACACUUUAAAACCCCAAAAAGUCACACACUAACACAAAUAAACUAACAAUACUGGACUCCAAAACUACCAAUACAACCUUAAAUAUGAAGAUAUUAUUGAAUGGGAAGAUAUUAACUAUAAAAAGUAUUAAAAACUGGAUUUGAUUUCACGAUAAUCUUGGGGGUCAUACCUUAAAUACUUCACAUAGAGCUGCAACGAUUAGUCCACUGAGUCAAUGGGCAGAAAAAUGAUCGCCAGCUAGAUAUAAUGUGUUUUGUCUCUUGAAUACAUAGAUAUCCUGCUUUUUUCUGAUAUAUGACAUUAAAGUGACUAUCUUUGGUGUUAGGGAUUGACAAACUACACUUUUAACAGACAUCACCUUGGAUGUUGAGAAGCUAAAAUGGACAUUUUUCACUUUUUUUCUGACAUUUUAUUGACAAAAUCAGCAAAUUUGAGAAAGUGUGCAGGUUAAUUGAUAACGGAAAUGGUUUUGAGUUGCCUACCAUUCUUUAUAUAUGUUAAAAACACGACUUUCAGAAGGACCCGCUUUGCCAAAACUACCUCACGUUCUCCAUGUUAGCACAUUUGACUACACAAUGACAAUGAACAUAUGACUUACAAGCUGUAAACAUGAAUCUGAAGAUCAUUCCUAGUUCACAUAUAGUCCUGUUUUAUUCACAGAGGUGUUUUUUCUGUUUGUUGUAAAUAUAGAAUAAUUGAUUAUAAAGGAAAAAUUUUCUUUGGUUUG